AUGGUAGUCAAAAUUCGUCUGGCGCGUUUCGGGCGCAAAAACUUUCCCUUCUAUAACGUUGUCGUCACCCAGGCGAGAACGGCGAGAAACAGUAGGCCUAUCGAAGUUAUUGGCACCUACGACCCCACACCGAAGCCAGAUCCGUAUGACGACUCGGGGAAGCUGCACAAGGAUAUCAAAUUGGACAUAUUAAGAGCCAAGUACUGGAUUGGUGUUGGUGCGCAACCAACAGAUACCGUCUGGAGACUGUUAUCCAUGCUGGGCAUCAUGGAACCAAAAUACCGAAACACCGAGGCGCGGACGCCACCUCCCAUGCCAGCCGAAGUCAAAGAUGAAAUCCUGGGAUACAAGCCGCAGGAAAGGAACAUAUGCGCAAACUCUGCGCUUUACGGGAACAUGGCCCGAGAGGUUGCUGAGAUCCCCUAA